GUUGUCUGCGCAUGCGCCCCGAUGACGUCAGCGCGGAAGAUGGCGGCGGCGCGGAAGACGGGAUCCAGAGACUCGGCGAUGGGAAUAUUCGCAGUUUUUCUGUCACUGCAGAUCCUUUCUGUGAGCUGCACAUCUGUAACGAAAGCUGGUGUGGCUCAGAAGACAGGUGAUAAACCCGGAAACGUCACUUUAGCACCCGAUAAGAGUGCAUCGAGCGUCCAGAACGACAGACGUCCAGACAGUCACUCGGGUCAGGUGACGAAUGCAACGCAAGCUCCCGCUAUCGUCAUCAGCACCAAAGCAGCAGACGCUCCCACCGCUCCACCUACGACUGCUGCCGCAGACCUGCACGAAACCACUCCAAACCAGACUACUAUCAAGCCACCAGAGCCCACCAGCACACCUGCAAACAAGCCCACCGCCGUCUCCACCCCUGCAGCUCACAGAACUGAGAGCACCUCGGAUUACAUGGAUGACCGCAUGGGCGACGAUGAUGGUGAUAAUUUUGGUGAAAACUUCACUGAGCCACCUCAAAACAUCGGGGGUGUGACGAAAGACCCUGACAGCCUUCAAAACAAGGACACAAGCAUCUACACCCAGGAUGAAGACUCCCACUUCUUCUUUCAUCUGGUCAUCAUCGCCUUUCUGGUGGCCAUCGUGUACAUCACCUACCACAACAAGAGGAAGCUGAUGCUGCUGGCUCAGAGUCGCCGCUGGCGGGACGGUUUCUGCUCGCGCGGGGUGGAGUAUCACCGGCUCGAACAGAACGUCAACGAGGCCAUGCCCUCGCUCAAGAUGACCAACGAUUACAUCUUUUGAAGAAAUGCAAACAGCUGAUUUUGUCCACACAUUAUGUCUUAUUUAAUCAGGGGAGGAGAGAUUGUGCUUUAGUAGUGUGUUUGUGUGCACUCUUCAGAAGGUCUUCGGUUCUGCUUCUUGUUUUCUUCGGUGUCUAUAAAAGCAAACGGUUUUGCUCUACUUUUAAUCAUUUUUGAAGGAAAGCAAAUGAAGGUCUGUCUCUGUAAAUAUUUGAUUAUAAACCUGCUGUCUGUCACGUAUAAGCCUAGAAUAAGAUACGGAUGAUUAUUUCGAGUCGUGUUCAGCUCAGCUCAUACGAAGCCAUGCUAACUCCAGAACAGCGUUAGAUGUGUGUGUUUGCUUUGCAGCUGCUUUGGGCUGGUCGCCUUUCUGUUUGUGUUAUGACUUCAGUGAAGUUGUUUUAUAGGAGCCGGGUCCACCGUUGCCAAAGCUCAGGAGAUUUAUGGGAAAUUAGCGUGCAACUGUUUUUAUUCACUGCUUUAAGCAUUGCCCCAUCUCAACACGACUGUAGCAGCAGCAGCCACAGGCGUCGUAUAUCAGUAUGUGUGUGCAAAUCUGCUUCAGCUACAACACAGGUUUCAAAAAGGUGGAAAAUAUCCAGUAAAUUUCGGAAACAUUCCAGGAUUUUUUUUGAAUAUUCCAGGGAUUUUUUUGGAAAGUUUCCGGAAAUUUACCGGAAAUUUUCCACCCCUUUGCAACCCUACUAAUAACACACAUUGCAGCAUCUUCAUCUCUGAUUUCCAGCAGAGCACAUGAAGGUUGUGUCUGUGCAUGAAGACAGCAUAUUGAUUUCCUCUUCAAUCAGUAUAAAUUAUGUUCAUCAAUAAAGCACCUCUGUAUGCACA